CGGGUCGUGUCGUGUGUAGUGGUUAUUUUCUAUCUGUUCAGCCGUCACGUCAAAAAUUGUCGGUGAUGAUCUCUUGCGCUUAGUAUUAUUUAUUUUAUUACUGUUCUUUUAUUUCAUUAUUUCCUGUGAUUAAUUUUCUGUUCCCACCUACAAAACCUUGUCUUUAUAAUAAACCAAGAGUACGGUUAUAUCUCAUUUAUAUAUCACAAUAUUUAACAGUUUAUUUUUGGGGUGUCUUGUAGGUAGUUGUAAUUCAUAAUUACUCCUGAUUUGUGACUUAUUAUUUAAUGCUAGUUAUAUAGUGGCAUUUAAUCGCAACUAUGUCUGUUCUACAAUCCUGAAGCUAUACAGCUCAUGUUUCUAGUAUCAGCUGACGAAAGUCGUUCAGCAAGUAAACAUGGAAUCAACAAAGAAAAAGUCUCGUCCUGCACACCCCAGGGCACAAGCGAAUCCACUAUCAGCUCUCACAUUUGGAUGGACGUUACCUAUUUUUUGGAGGGGCUUGAAACAGGAAAUGGAAGAGGAACACCUAUAUGAACCCUUAAAAGAACACGCAUCAGGUCCCCUUGGCGACAAAUUUGCUCGCCUUUGGGAGGAGGAGGUGGCUCGCGCCGGUACCAAGCGCACGCCGAGCCUCCUCCGAGUCAUACUGAGAGCAUACGCCGUGAGAUGCAUGCUGUACGGAUUGGUGCUGCUUUUUAUGGAAUGUGGCAUACGGCUCGCGCAGCCAGUGUUCCUCGGCAAGCUGGUGGACUUCUACUCGGCGAGGACGGACGAGCCCGUGUCACUGAACGAGGCGUACUGGUACGCCGGGGCCGUGGUGAUGUGCUCGGCGCUCAACGUACUCGUCGUGCACUCCUACAUGAUGGCCAUAUUGCACAUGGGCAUGAAGUUCCGGGUUGCCUGCUGCUCUCUCAUAUAUCGAAAGUCGCUCAGACUGUCAAAGACGGCUCUCGGCGAAACGACGGUCGGCCAAGUGGUGAAUCUGCUCUCGAACGACGUGAACCGCUUCGACGUGGCCGUGAUAUUCUUGCACUAUCUGUGGAUAGGGCCGCUGGCCACGGUCAUCAUCACCUACCUUAUGUGGCAGGAGAUCAGCUGGGCGGCGGUCGUCGGCGUCGGGUUCAUGUUGGCGUUCAUACCUCUGCAAGCAUGGCUGGGCAAGAGGACGUCGGUGCUCCGGCUGAAAACGGCGCUGCGCACGGACGAGCGCGUGCGGCUGAUGAACGAGAUCCUCUCCGGCAUCCAGGUCAUCAAGAUGUACACCUGGGAGAAGCCGUUCGCGGAUCUCGUCGCUAAGGCCAGGAAGCAGGAGAUAAAACAGAUCCGCGCCACGUCCUACAUCCGCGGCGUGCUGACCUCGUUCACGAUGUUCACCACCCGCAUCUGCCUGUUCUGCUCGAUCCUGGCCUUCGUGCUGGAGAACAACGUGAUCUCCGCCAAGCAGGUGUUCGUCGUCAGCAGCUUCUACAACAUCCUGCGGCAGACCAUGACCGUGUUCUUCCCGCAAGGCAUCGCUCAAGUAGCAGAAGCAACUGUGUCAAUUAAAAGACUUCAAAACUUUAUGCUCUAUGAGGAUACAAGCAAACCAGUCCCUACUCUGAGUGAUAUACAAACUUCAACAAAACCUAAAAUCAAAGUGCUGGAUGAGCCAAUGGAAACACCAACCACUCCGACUAAAUCUGGGUUAGAUAUGCCACGAGACAAACCCUCGGACGAGUCGAGCGAAACAAAAAAGUCAGAUGAAGCCAAAGGCAACGGGCGGUCGGCGGCCCCGCUGGAGUCGGGCGAGGAGGAGGACGCGGAGCUGGAGCGCUCGGAGGGCGCGGGCGUGCGGCUGCAGCACGCCACGGCCAAGUGGGUCGCCGCGCACCACGAGAACACGCUCACCGACCUCAGCCUCACCAUCAAGCCCGGCAAACUGAUCGCGGUGAUCGGGCCGGUGGGCGCGGGCAAGUCCUCCCUGCUGCACGUGCUGCUGCGCGAGCUGCCGCUCGUGUCCGGCUCCGUGCACCUCGGCGGCUCCGUGUCCUACGCGGGACAGGAGCCGUGGCUGUUCGCUGGCAGCGUGAGACAGAACAUCCUGUUCGGGCAGCCGAUGGACCGGCCGCGGUACAACACGGUGGUGCGGCGCUGCGCGCUCGACCGGGACUUCUCGCUGCUGCCGCACGGCGACAAGACCGUCGUGGGCGAGCGCGGCGUCAGCCUCAGCGGAGGCCAACGUGCCCGUAUCUCCCUAGCGCGCGCCGUAUACAAGCGCGCCGACAUCUACUUGCUGGACGACCCGCUGUCGGCGGUGGACGCGCACGUGGGCCGACAUCUGUUCGAGUCCUGCCUCGUCGGCUAUCUGCGACACGCCACGCGAGUGCUUGUCACACACCAACUGAUGUUUCUCAGAGACGUUGAUCAGAUUAUAAUAUUGAAGAACGGCGCCAUCGCCGCGGCGGGCAGCUUCGAGACGCUGAGCGCGUCGGGGCUGGACUUCGCGACGCUGCUGGCGCGCGGCGAGGAGGAGGAGCGGCCCGCGCCCGAGCACGCGCCCGCGCACGACAUCGAGGACUCGCCGCGCGGCAGCUUCCGCAAGCGACAGAUGAGCAUACACUCCGUCAGCUCCGUGGAUAAUCUGACAGCGACAGCGCCGCCGGAAAGCGGGCGCGAGGAAGCCGAGAUGCGGUCGGCGGGCGCGGUGUCGGCGAAGGUGUACGGCGCGUACCUGGGCGCGAGCGGCCACGCGCUGCUCGUCGCGCUGAUGGUGCUCGUGGCGGUGCUGGCGCAGCUGUUCGGCUCCGGCUCCGAUUGGUGGACCAGCUACUGGGUUAAAAUGGAGGAACUGGAGGGAAACCCCGGCCUAAAACUUGCAGCAACCAACACGACUCUCGAGCGGAUGAUCGAAGAUGUUCAGUUUGGGAACGGGCCGCUCAGUCGAUACAACUGUAUCUAUAUCUACACUGGUAUGGUGAUCGCGUUGGUAGUGAUAUCGCUGCUCCGCUCGUUCAUGUUCUUCUCGAUGGCGAUGCGCGCGUCGACCCGGCUGCACAACAAGAUGUUCUCGGCGAUCACGCGCGCGCCCAUGCGCUUCUUCCACGUGAACCCCUCGGGCAGGAUCCUCAACCGGUUCUCUAAGGACAUGGGGGCCGUGGACGAGGUGCUGCCCGCUGCGCUGCUCGAUGUACUUCAGAUUGGUCUGUCGUUGAUUGGUAUCGUGGUGGUGGUGGCCGUGGUGAACUACUGGCUGCUGCUGCCGACGCUGGUGAUCGGGCUCGUGUUCUACGGGCUGCGCAUCGUCUACAUCGCCUCCUCGCGCAGCAUCAAGCGCCUCGAGGGUGUGACUCGAAGCCCGGUGUUCUCGCACCUCAACGCGUCGCUCCAGGGCAUCACCACCAUCCGCGCGUUCGGCGCGCAAGAAGCGCUCGUGCGCGAGUUCGACAACCACCAGGACCUGCACAGUUCCGCCUGGUACUUAUUCAUCGCAACUUCCCGUGCGUUUGGAUUCUGGCUGGACCUUGUGUGUGUCGUAUACAUCGCCAUCGUUACUCUCAGCUUCCUCGUUCUUAAUUCAGUUGGCCAAUUUAGCGGUGGUGACGUAGGUCUCGCUAUAACGCAGGCUAUAAGCUUGACUGGUAUGUUCCAAUGGGGCAUGAGGCAAUCUACUGAAUUGGAAAAUCAGAUGACCAGUGUGGAAAGAGUGGACGAGUACUCAAAGAUAGAGUCGGAGCCGCCGUUGGUGUCUGAAGGCAGCCGCAAGCCUCCGCCCUCGUGGCCCGAGGCGGGGCGCGUGGAGUUCCGGCACAUGUUCCUGUACUACACGCCGGGCGAGCCGCCGGUGCUGCGCGACCUCACGCUCACCAUCCAGCCGCGCGAGAAGGUCGGCAUCGUCGGCCGCACCGGCGCCGGCAAGUCCUCGCUCAUCAACGCCCUCUUCAGGCUGGCGACGAUAGAAGGCGAGAUAAUAAUCGACGGGCGCGAGACCUCCGCCCUGGGUCUGCACGAGCUGCGCAGCCGCAUCUCCAUCAUCCCGCAGGAGCCGGUGCUGUUCUCGGGCACCAUGCGGCACAACCUGGACCCCUUCGACGAGUACCCCGACCACGUGCUGUGGCGGGCCCUAGAGGAGGUGGAGUUGAAGGAAGCGGUGAUGGAGCUCGCGGCGGGGCUCAGCUCGCACAUGUCGGAGGGCGGCGGCAACUUCUCCGUGGGGCAGCGGCAGCUGGUGUGCCUGGCGCGCGCCGUGGUGCGCCGCAACCGCCUGCUAGUGCUCGACGAGGCUACAGCCAACGUCGACCCGCAGACGGAUGCGCUGAUUCAAACAACAAUAAGAAACAAAUUUGCCGAUUGCACUGUACUUACCAUUGCCCAUCGAUUACAUACAGUUAUGGACUCUGAUAAGGUUCUGGUGAUGGACGCGGGUCAGAUGGUGGAGUUCGAUCAUCCGCACGUGCUACUGGAGCGCCCGGGCGGCGUGCUGCGCGGGAUGGUCGACCAGACGGGGCGCGCCAUGGCCGACACGCUGGCCAGGAUCGCUGAACAGUCUUAUAGUAAAAAGCAACGAUCGUCUACUACGAGUGGCGCCGAGUGAUCUAGACAAAUAUUAUAUUAGAUUAUUGAAAUCAAUGUACACAAACGUUCCUAUGUUUGAAUUAGUAUCCAUAAACUUAAUAUAGGUACUUAACAAGGAUCUGAUCUAGUAUCAAGUAUAUUGCGACCAAGCACGCAACCUUGUCUAAGUAGCCAAGAUAGGUACUUAAUCUUAAAUUAUCACAGAUUCUCUCAACUACGUCCAUAAUUUAUGAAGCCAGUUAUUUUUAUAUAUUUCAAGAACUAUGUUUAAGAGUAGUUUAAUUGAUUAGUGUGUAUUUGUUAAUUUUAUAAUCGACAUGAUUCAUCCUAUAUUUAAUACCAAAUAAUUAAGUAGGUGUCAA